AUGACAUCGGAGCGACGAAUCGAUAUGACUGGCGAGAAGCCACCUAGCGAGUACACACCACGAGCGAACUUGACCAUUCUGGGCUCUUUUACCGGACUUUUCUGCACUGUGGGCUUCUUGAACUCGUUUGGUGUCUUUGAAGAAUACUAUGCGAAGAAUCAGCUUGCGGAUAAGUCUGAAUCGACAAUCGCAUGGCUUGGGGCACUCAGUAUCUUCUUUGUCUUCUCCGUGUCCGUAGUGUCUGGCCCUCUGCUUGACGCUUUUGGACCAAGACUAUUGCUCUAUGUUGGCUCGUUCGGGACUGUAUUCUCGAUCAUGAUGACCUCGCUUUGCAAUGAAUUCUACCAGUUUAUUCUUGCACAGGGUAUCUUGCUCGGUGCGUCUCUAGCACUUUUGGUCUGCCCCAUGCUUGCUCUCGUCGGUCAGUAUAUUAAGAUCAAGCGUGGAGCCGCUAUGGGGAUCGUCAUUGCAGGUUCAUCCCUAGGUGGUGUUAUCUGGCCCAUUGUCAUUAACGAGCUGCUGAAAAAGCCCAAUAUUCGAUUUGAAUGGACGAUGCGCAUCGUUGGAUUCAUCAUGAUGCCUCUUCUUACCAUUUCGUGUCUUUGUUGUCGGCCUCCUAAGACUCCAAUAGCCACGAAGAGGCUGCCAGACAGACCAGACGCCAACGAGGCUGUGAGCCCAGAGCAGGAGCCUGUCAGUACUCCGAGAACAGGGUUCUCGAUCUUGCGAGAGCCCAAAAUGCAGGUGACUUGCCUUGCAUUUUUCAUCACUUAUUUCGGCAUGUUUUCCCCUUUCUUCUUCACCACAUCCUAUGCCGUGGCACAGGGCUUCUCCGCCGACUUGUCAUUCUACACAAUCUCCAUUAUCAACGGAGCGUCCCUUUUCGGCCGCAUUAUUCCGGGCAUUCUUGCGGAUCGAUAUGGUCGGUUCAACACCUGCAUUCUUGCGACACUCUUAUCCGGUAUCAUCGCAUUAUGUUGGACAACUGCCACAUCUACUGCAGGCUUGGUAAUUUGGUCUGCGGCAUAUGGAUUCACUUCUGGGGCCAUUCUCUCCCUUCAACAAGCAUGUGCAGCUCAAAUCGCUACACCAAACACCUUGGGCUUAUCAAUCGGUGCUGUCAUGGCAUCUACGUCUCUUUCCGCAAUGGCAGGCAUCCCUAUCAGUGGCGAACUGGCUGGCAAAUACGGGUAUCUUUCGCUUUCUAUCUACUCCGGUGUCAGCCUCUUAGUCGGUACUUUGCUACUUGUGGUAGCGCGUCUGAUGCAGAAUCGGGAUUUGCUAGCAUCUGUCUGA